AUGUCAUCUCCAAAUAAUGCCAGUGGUACACGCAUUAUUGCAGCAAAAGCACCGCGUCAACGAACUGCUUCUGCCACCCCCAAGCUGACUGUCUUUCAACUACUCGCCACGCGUCCAUGGCUCUUACGUCCUCAGUCCGUGUCAGAGCAAGACCUCUUCAUCAUCCAUUGUCGCGACAACCUUGUCCCCGGCGCCACAGGCCCAAAGGACUGGGAUGAAGUGGCUGAAGAGUACAACAACAAGUACCGUGAGCAUAUGAAGCCGUUAGCAUGGAAGACACUGAGCAAACGCUGCGGCAUCGCCCGCAAGAUCUUCAUGGGCGAGAACGAAGACUACGCCCACGUACUGGAGUACCCAGUCCCAGACGUCGAUGCAGAAGGUGAGUCCGACGAGGACGUGGAUAUGGACACACAAAUAGUAGCUCCCAUCACCACACUCUUCACACACUCGAUGCCCGGGUUCUACGACCCAGCAUCGAUCCCAAAAACCGACAUCACAACCAUCGUCCGCGCGAAGUUCCACAUCCGCAACCGCACAACAUCGUUUGUGCGUUUCCACUUCCUCAACACCAAUGAGGAACGUCUGGUGAAGGACAACCCACAAUGCGUGGACACCAAGAUCCUAAUCGCCAACUCCCCCUUCUACGCCCGAAGUCUUCAUCGCAGCGCAAACUACACCAUCAUCGAUGUCCCAGAGCAAUUCAACGCACGCACCAUAAACGUCUUCAUCCAACUCAUCGCUCCUGUGCGCGCAACGCGACUGCCAGACCACUACCUCUGGAAAGCGCAGGCCGCCACACCAGGGCUGUACGACCGCUUUGGCGCUAUCAAGGCCGAGAAGAUCGACUGGACGGUUGCGGGCCUGCUCGAUCUCCUAUUGUUCGCCGCGAUACUCGAAGUAGACUGGAUCGUCGAUAUAGUCAUCGAUCGCCUCCACUUCCUCUUCGUCGAGCAAAAGCGACUCAGCCAGACUCCCGCUGCUGUGAGCGACUCUCCCGUCUCCGGCCGAUUACGCACAUCGAUGAGUGCGCAGCCUGCCAAGCUUCACGCCGAGGACUUCAACGGAGAAAUCGUCAGCCAUCUAGCUGAGAUCUUAAGGGACAUGCAGACGCUGGGAUUCAUCGCGGAUGUGAUGAGAGGAUUGGGCGCCAAGGUGGAUGAGAAGUGGAUUUCCAGUAUGUCAAGCCAAGUAAAGCGCGUCUUUACUUUGGCGUCGGAGGAGCACCUGUUCAACUGCUCGCUCGAAGAGUAUUGUAAGAGGUACCAUCACCAUCCGCUCACUGCACGCGGUUGUUAUACCUCUUACAUUGUGCAUCCGCCGUCGACGUUCAUCAGGGCGCUGUACAACUUUGCUACGCCAGAGGAACUUGUCAGGCACUCGAGUGGACUGUUGCCGAGUGGUGCGAGCGGCAUGUCGAGCACUGAGUUGAGCAAACUGAGGGAAGAGAACUCGUCGCCGGAGAUGCUGGAGGCCGAGAAGAAGGUUCUGGAGAUGGAGAGCCGUUUGGAGAAGGCGAAAGCUGCUUUGAGAUGGGCAAGAGAUUCGUCCGGACUUGCGAAACAGCAUGCCAUGCGGGAGGCGGGUGAAGCUUCUGAGGAGAUGUAUGGGCCUAGUCAGCUCUAG